AUGUUGCUCGGCGGAACUUUGUUAAUGCUCAUAUGCUCGGAAGCUGCAGCUUUCUAUAAACCCAGCCUGCCCUGGAAGCCGAUCAAGAACAAAUCUAUUGGUACAAAUGCACCUAUGCCUUCUAGCACUCAUAGAGGAACAAUCGACUGGUGUUCAUACUGGAGAGCGCAUGGCGUUGAAAGAUGUAUCGCUCAAAGUCGAAGAUGGCGACGACCAGCAAGACCUUUAGAUGCCUAUAAGCUCAGUGACAACUCUCUACUAAAGGAUCUCCCCACAUGUCAGGCAAGGUUUCUUCUAUCUACUUGUGUUUCCAGCGAUAUAUGCGGCACCGGAAAGUUAUGUAUGGAUACUACUAGAGUCCUUUGCUGCCAACCUCCACUAAACGAAUGCUCUACAAAGGCUCAGCUUGGAUUCAAGUGUGUGGCAAAAUCACCCGUCAGCUGGUGCUCGACUAACGAUGACUGCGGUGGAAGAACGUGCUGUCCGACGGGUUGUGAUUAUAAUAUCUGUGUUUAG